CGGGGGCAGGCGGCGGGGCGGGCUCCUUCUUUGGCCAUGAGCGAGGUGCCGGCAUUCGGCCGCCGCCGCCGCCUGCGGGACGCGGGGAGGGAGCGGCCGCAGCGAGGAUCCGCCGGCGGCAGCGGGCGGGGGCUAUGGCCCAGGCCAAGAUCAGCGCCAAGGCCAGCGAGGGGGCGCAGCAGCAGCAGCAGUCCGGCGGGCAGCUCCGAGGCCGCUUCUACCGCUCCACCUCCAUGGCGGACCGCUCCAGCCGCCUGCUCGAGAACCUGGACCAGCUGGAGCUCAGGGUAGAGGCUUUCCGUGACGCAGCGUCUGCCAUGGAACAGGAGAAGGAGACCCUGCUCGAAAUGAUCCACAACAUACAGAACAGCCAGGACAUGAGGCACAUCAGCGAAGGUGAGAGAGAAGAACUUAAUUUGACUGCUAAUCGCCUGAUGGGCCGAACCCUCACUGUGGAGGUGUCUGUAGAAACAAUCCGAAACGCCCAGCAGCAGGAAUCCCUACAGCAUGCCACCAAGAUGAUCGAUGAAAUUGUCAAUAAACUUCUAGAUGAUCUGGAAGACGCCAAAAUCCGCUUAAUGUCGCUUUACGGUGCGUGCACAUCUGACGUGCCAGCGGGACCCAUCGAUCAGAAAUUUCAGUCUGUGGUAAUCGGAUGCGCCAUCGAGGAUCAGAAGAAAAUCAAAAGGCGGCUAGAGACUCUGCUCAGAAACUUAGAGAAUUCUGAAAAGUCAAUCACAUUGUUGGAGCACCAGAAGUCAUCUGUUCGACAGUCUUGCAACAGCAAACAGGAUUAAACUAUCCUCGUGGCUCUUUCUGGCAAAUCACAGGAUGAGCAAUUCUCCACAAAAAGCACACAGAAGCUAAGAAAAAAGAUCUCUGUACAUGCACACACGUAUAUAUGCAUGCACACGCGCCAAAGUCUCUUUGAUUGCGAGGUGCGAGCAUUUAAUGGGGUUUGGUAGCAUUGGCAUUUUCUUUGGCAAUAAAGAAUGCUAUCAGGAGUUCUCCUGUAGAGUCGGUACUGCGCUGUUGCAAAUUGUAAUUGUGCUUCUGCUGAACUGUCAGAAACCAUCAAAAUCCAGCCUUUCCUCCAUUCUCCUGUUUUUUGGGUUUUUUUUUUUAACUAAAUUUGUUUUGUCAUAUAGUGAGAUUUCAGCUUUUCUCUGCUGUAUACAUAGUGUGCAAACCAGGCUUUUGGGGAAAAAAGACAAAUUACAGCAAUAAACCAUAACCAUUAAUAAACUGUAUAUGGUAUUUUCAUAAACAA